AUGCAGUCUGGGAAGAACGUAAAGGGGUCUGUGAAAGAAGCUACUGCUAACGUCGGAGCCUCUGCUAAGUCUGGCAUGGACAAGACCAAAGCCACAGUGCAAGAAAAGGUGGAGAAGAUGACAGCUCAUGACCCGGUUGAAAAGGACAUGGCAACCCGAAAGAGGGAGGAGAGAAUGGUGGAGGCCGAGCUGAACAAGCGUGAGGUGAUGGCGCACAACGCCGCUGCUAGGCACAAGGAGUCUAUGGGUGGGCCCACGGGGUACACCGCGAGUGGCACUGGGACCCACACGUACUCCACAACCGGGACCACAGGGCAGCACACUGGGGCCCACCAGAUGUUAGCGCUUCCUAGACAUGGUACCGGGCAGCUCGCGGGCGAAAUGACCGAGGGAAUGGUGGAAUCCCACCCUAUCGGGAUCAACACGGGUAUGGGUCGGACCACAGCCCAUAAUACUCGUGUGGGUGGGAAUGCACCGGAGUAUGGAACUGGUGGGACCUUCAGUUGA